UAAUGGCGAUGGCUUUCGUUUUGCCCUACAAAUCACUCUCUCCUCAGCCCCCCCACUUUCCACUUUGUUCAUGGACUGCUGCCUCUCCUUCGCCAGACCCUCCGCUCUCGCUCCCGCUCUCUGCUUCUCCGGCGCCGGCCGCCGGUUCUCGCGUCUCGCCCGAUUCGGCCGCCGGUCUCACCGGAGACCGUCGGUUGCGGCGAGUGGCCGUGAGGGCUUCAGCAGCUUGAACACCCCGCUCGAGCCGAAGUCGCCGGUGGGGAAGUUCCUCAGCCGCGUGUUGCAGGACGACCUCGGGUUCUUCCAUGCCGCCGUUGGCUUACAGUUGGGGCAAUUAGCCGCCUACCGGGACGAAGCCGUGGCUCGAAUGAAUUUGAGCUCCGAUUCCGAUGAAGCCUGCCUUCACAGGAGGAUUUCAGAACUGAGGGAGCGGGAGAGCCAGACUGCAGUUGAGGAUGUCAUGUACAUGUUAGUAUUAUACAAAUUUAAUGAAAUUGGAGUCCACUUGGUUCCAAGGCUCUCUAGAUGUAUAUACAAUGGCAGACUGGAGAUAUGGCCCUCUAGGGACUGGGAGCUUCAGUCAGUUCACAGCGCUGAAGUCUUGGAAAUGAUAAGGGAACAUCUAACUGCUGUCAUCGGAUGGAGGGCUGAUGCCAAUGUCACAGUGAAUUGGUCUCUAACACAAAUUUCAAGACUCCAUCUCAACCAAGUCUACACUGCUUCUCUCUUAUAUGGGUAUUUUCUCAAGUCUGCCUCCUUGAGACACCAUUUGGAGCAGAGUCUUGCCAAGUCUGGUUGUGGUCUUGGAAUUAGCUUCAGUACCCCCCUUCCUCUGUUCCCACUGUGGCCAUCUGGGGUAAAGAAUACUGUUUUCGACUACACUAGCAGCACCGGAUUAAUGCUAAUGAAGCAAGCACCUAGCCAAGGAAGGGCACGCGAGCAGCUGAGGUGCUAUGUUACAGGCUUCGACCCUGAAACGAUGGAGAUGUGCGCAAAACCAAAAACGAAAGAGGCUGUGAAUCUAAUUGAGAAGCAUUGUAGCGGACUCUUUGGGGAUGAGAGGACCGGUUUGAUUGAGACCAAUGAGGUGAUUGUGACUUCAAUGUUGAGCCUUAAGAGGAUGGUUUUGGAGGCUGUUGCUCUUGGUUCCUUCCUUUGGGAUGCAGAAGAGUAUAUUGCCACUGUAUAUAAGCUAAAUGAGAAUUGAAUAGAGGAAAGCGAAAGGGUAAAACUUGUCCUCGAUGUAUAUACAAGUUCUCUGUUUGUAAUAUAUCCGGCAGUACUUCCCCCUUUGGCAAAUUUUGUUUUGUACAUUAUACAAUUGUAAACAAUGUAAAAAGGUUUGGAUAGGAUAGAAUGAGGGAGGAUUAAGCUUAUAUAAAUAAAUUGUGCUUUCCUUUGUUUUGAGGCUGUGAAA